AUGUCCUACAAUCCCUAUGAUUUCCAGCAACAGGUUCCAUUCCAGCAGAGCGGUUUCCAGGCCCAGGGCUUCCAACAACAGGAGCAGCCGCCAGCACAGUUGCAAAGCGUGCCAGCGCAGUUCCAGCACCCGCUACCGCCGUCCACGCCGUCACAGGAGAGGAAGUAUGACCAGCUGAGCUUUCUAAGCGAGCAGGAUCAAGUGAAGUUCGAGCGGUUAUUCAACCGCCACACCGAUGCCAUCUCCAUAUCUCCAGAUUCCGCAAGAUCCAUCUUGCUCAAGUCCAAUUUGGCACCGCACAAUUUGGCCCGAAUCUGGGAGCUGAGCGAUAUAAACAAGACCGGUGAUCUGCUGUUUCCUGAAUUUGCACUGGCGUUGCAUCUGUGUAACGUUGUUUUGAGUGGGGCCGAGCUUCCUUAUCAGCUGGAGCCUCGUAUCAGGAAUGAGGUUUCUAACCUUGUGGAUAAGAUCAACUUCAAUGUCCCUGAAGGCGGUGCCGUUUCGAGUCAACAGUCUGCUCAUAGCACCGGUGCGCUGAGUGAUGGCGAUAUCUUUGAGACUAAUCCUGUCUCUGGAAUCCAACCUCAAGGUCAGCAGCAGCAGACUUUACAACAACAGACUUUACAACAACAGACUUUACAACAGCAGCCAACCUUUGGCUCAUUCCAACAGCCUGAAUUGUUCACCAGUCCACAGAAGAAUCAAAACGCAUUACAACAGAAUGACUUCACUUCGCCUUUGAACAACCAACCUACAGGGUUUGGAUUCCAAAACACUCCUUUUACACAAGGUUUUAACCAAGGCUCAACUCCUCCUUUGUCAUCCAAUAUCAUGUCAAACACGGUGCCAUUGACCCAGCAGCCUCCAAGAUUGGUUCCCUUAAAGUCCGAAACUACUGGUGUACCAAUACAGAGACAACAGACUGGGUUACCAACCUCGUUUCAACUACAACAGGCAAAUGCUGCGUCUGAUUUGAUCCAAACCACUCCUGGAGAAAUAGCUGCAUUGAAUGCCCAGGCAACUGGGCUGGGUCUUGUUCCUCUAAAGAUGCAACAGACUGGAACCAAUGCGCAAAUGCCUUUGGCUAGCCAAUCAACUGGCUUUGCAAGUGGUGUUAUGCCAACCACGUUCCAGACUGGUGGACAAAGUGGCCAGCAGUCUCCUCCACAACCACAGAAUUUGAUCCCUAUUCCGACUGGAGGUGCUACUAGACUGCAACCACAGACAACAGGCUUGGUUCCAUUAAGAACAGGCAAUGGCCAAUUUGAACCACUAAAGGCACAAAAGACCGGGUUUGGUCAAAACAGUUUCUUUAUUACAAACCUGGUUGCUCAGUCCCAAAACUAUGUCAACUCUUACAGCUAUUUGACAGAUGCAAAAGUCACCCCAGAGGAAAAGAAAUUGUUCAACAAGAUCUUUGACAAUUACGAUACCGAAAAGAAGGGUUUAUUGAGCUCAGAUAUCUGUGCCGAGAUCUUUAGAAAAUCUGGAUUGAAUCGUGAAGAUCUGGAGAAGGUUUGGGAUCUGAUUGCCAGACCUAAUCAAACUCAUUUGGAUAGAGAAACUUUCCAAAUGGGAAUGUGGCUUGUAUACAAAAGAUUGAAUGGAGCAGAGAUUCCUAAUGAAUUACCAGACUCUUUGAAACCUUCGAGCAUGCUGAUCUUAGAUGACGUGAAGAAUAAAAUGCGUGUUCAAGACAGUUUCAAGCCAUUGAAGAAGUCAAGCCAUUCAAAAAUUGACGGAUCAAGAUUCAAGAACAAUGAUGAUGAGUUGAUAACUUCGUCUGCAAGACACAGAAGAAGAGCUGCGGCUUCUGAUAAAGUACUACACGAGGAAAAGCUGAACAUCGAACAAAUGAAGAAGUUAAUCAACGAGAAGAAGAUCUUAUUGGAUGCAUUUGAGGUUCAACGUGAAGAAGAUGCUGUUGAUAACGAAGAACGUGAAAGAGAGGAUCUUUUGGCCAUCGAGACUUUAAAGCAACAACUGAGAAACCUUCCUAAACGUACAGUUGACGAUGAACGCACUCUUUUAAAGUCUAAAGUCCAGCAGUUGACGGAUAACGCUCCAUAUCUCAUUGGGGAGAUCCUAUCUAUGGAGAAAGCCAUCCAGGCUCUUAAGUUAGAGUUGUUCAGAUUGAAUAAUCCAAGUGCAUUGAUUGGAACAGGACCAAAUGGUGAAAUCACCGACGCUGAUAGACGUAAGGCCAAAAGUAAACUGUUACUAGCACAGAAAAUGGCCAAAUUGACUGGUAAACCAAUCGAUCCAAACCUCGAGAAACUUGCCGAGGAUGCUACUAGUUUAAGCACCGAGGCUGUUAAGAUCCAAGAAGAGAGUUCAAAAAACCAACAGAUGAUUCGUGAUGUCGAGAGCUCGAUCAAGGACAUUUCCUCAAGUGUAUUGAAAGAACUCAAGGUUAAUGUUGAUAAUGAUGAGUACAAGAAAUGGGUCCUAGGGGUUGGCGUGCACCCUGAAGUGCAACAAAUAGUGAAGGAGUUUAGAGUUGAAGAUAUUAAGGAAAGAGUUAGACCUAGUGCACCAAUUGUGAACCCUCCUGUUUAUGAAUCACCUGUUGUGAGCCCUCCUGCAAAUAUUCCUCCUACAGUCAGCUCACCAGCUGAAGGCUCACCAACUGUUGGAUCUCCAGCGAAUGUCUCAUCAUUUCAAACUGUUUCUGGAUCACAGACCGAGAGAUCCUCAUCAAGACCAACCUUUUCAAGCGCAGAAGAAAGAAAGGCAUACAUCAAAGAACAGGCAAAAAAGAAGAUGCAAGAGAGAAUGGCUGCACUUGGACUUAAGAGAUCAACACGCACACCAUCUGUAGAGUCCUCUACUAUUUCAACCCCGACUGUAUCGUCUCCGCUUGUGGAUGAAGAUGGCUCCUCUUCUGAUGACGAUGAAGAGAGUUAUCAAAGAAUGGAAGAGAUCAGAAGACGCAACAGGGAGGAAAGAGAAGCACACUGUAAGACACCUUUAUCCGUUCUGGAUGUGAUGCCGCUGUCACCUCCGAGCCGCGGAAUGGAUAGCAACGAUGAGUUAUACGACGAUAGAAGGAACGUGAUUUUGAACUUUGACAAGGUUGACGAGGCAUUGGACCAGUGUGAGAAGCUAGAAAAAGAGAUUAAGUUGAAGCUCUCCGAGUUGGCAAAUGGACACGAAGAUCUAAGGAAGCUGGUGGAGGCGGAGAUGGACCCACGAGGCGAGACAUAUCUCCCCACACCUAAUGAUGACUUUGACACUAAGCAGCACGUUAACAAAUCUGUCGACAGGUUUACCGAUAUACCAUCCUCACCUGAAAGCUAUGAUUCACAGCUGGAGUUUGACGUGAAUUAUAAAAUUGCACAGUUUGCACAACGUCACUUUGAGAGCCCAGACGUUCUAAAGAUAAGGAAUGUGUCCUCUAGGGUGAUGGACUUAUUAACGUACUCGGCACCAGAUGACGAUAAAAAGCUGAUGGACCUGAGUGACGAUUACAAGAGACGCAGUGACCGGGUGAUACAAAAUUUUGAAAGACUGAUCGAUGCGUACGAUCGAGGCUAA